UUUUUUUAAACAAAGAUAAUGGCCGAGCACCUUGAUGGUAUAAAGAGAUGAGAGUUGAGAAAAUUUGUUAAUCGACACCAUGAGGUUGCUGGGAUCGAUUGUGCUCCUUUUGGUCGUGGGCUCUGCCCUGGCCUACAAAACUUACUCAGGAUACCAAGUCCUGAAGACGGCACCAUUGACUCCCAAUGUGAUGCCCUACAUUAACAAGAUGAGCCGCAUUUACGACUUCUGGGGCACCCCCGUCGUCGGUAGGCCAGCAACUGUGAUGGUCUCUCCUGAGGAGGCCUCCGUGGUCAACUCCGUCUUGAACAGGCUGCGCAUCUCCCACGAAGUCAUGAUUGAGGAUUUGGCUCCGAUUGUUGAGCAGGACUUCGCGGAACAGGAGAGGCUGAUGCGCGCCAUCCCCCGUCAGCCCCGUGUCGCCGUUUACAACCGAUACAUGACUUUUGACGAAAUCGAUGCGCACAUCCACGAGACUGUCGAUGCUAAUCCCGGAGUGGCCAGCCUUCUUGACCUUGGAUUGUCCACCGAAGGUCGUGAGCUGCACGGCAUCAAGCUGAGCAACGGAGCCGCCGGACAGCCCGCCGUGUGGUUCGACUGCGCCAUCCACGCCCGCGAGUGGAUCGCACCCCCCGUCUGCCUGAGGAUCAUCGACGAGGUGCUCGCUGACCCUGCCCUCCGCGACCUUGCUGAUUGGUACGUCCUGCCCAUCGCCAACCCUGACGGCUACUCCUUCGCCACCACUGACGACCGUUUCUGGAGAAAGACCCGCAGGCCCAACCCUGGCUCCACCUGCGUCGGCACCGACCCCAACAGGAACUUUGAUUUCCUCUGGGACAGCGCUGGAACUUACUGCUCUGAAACUUUCCCUGGUGCCUCUGCCUUCUCCGAGCCCGAGUGCGCUGGCAUCGGCAACUUCAUUGCUGCCAAUGCUGAUAGCCUCAUCCUGUACGUUGCUCUGCACAGCUACGGACCGAUCAUUUUGUAUCCCUUUGGACACACCGUUGAUCCCGUUCCCAACGCUGAUGAUUUGCUUGCUGCUGGUACCGCUUCUGCCACUGUCAUCGAGUCUGUAGGUGGCCCCACUUACCCCGUUGAGAAUUCCGCUGCUGGACUCUACUUCACCUUUGGUGCAAGUGAUGACUACGCUUAUGGAAUUGGAGCUGCUGGUUACGCUUACACCUACGAGCUUCCCGGAGGUGGAUCUGGAGGCUUCAAUCCUCCCGCUUCUGCCAUCCAGCGCGUCGUGGACGAAACCUGGCCUGGCUUGAAGACUCUUGUCGAGUACACUAUUGCUAACCCUACAACUCCCCUGAAGAAAUAAAUGAAAUGAAUUCAUUUAAAAAAAAAAAUGUUUUAAUUUGACCACAUUUAUGUCGCAACUUGUUUCCAUUAAAAUCAAUU